AUGGAAACACCAAUGGAUAACUUCAAUAACUUUAUGAACCAAAUGCUAGACAAAGAAAAACAAUACAUCCAAAAGAUAAAGAGACAAAAAGAACUAUGGCAGUCGUUCCAAGAGAAAGUAUUCAUGACCGCCAUUAAAAACCUUCUUAAUCAGGAAAGUAAAUUAACUGAAUUUCACAAGAAUAUCAAAUUGGAAGGAAUUCGGAUCCGAAUUGAAGCCGAAAGAGUUAAGGCAAUGUGGUUGGAGGAACCUAACCUUUAUGAAGAGUUUAUGGAUUUAGUUGAGAAGGCUCUUGCGGAAACUACUGAUCCUAAACUUCAAGCCGAGAUUAGAGAAAGUGUGGAAAGGGUUAAGAAGUCUCGGGAGAAACUUACGGAAGCUGUAUUGACUACUUCAAUAGUAGGUAGUGUAGCUGGAAAAGCAACAAAAUAUGGUGGAGUAGCCGUUGAAUAUGGUUCUGCUGGUUUAAAAAAAGUUUUCGAAACUACUGAAAAAGUUGGUUAUUAUGCUAAAAAGACUGGUGAAUUUGUAGAAAGCACUUCCCAAGAUUUAAAUAAGUAUGCUAAUGAUUACUUAAAGAAAGAAGAGUAUCGAAACCUAAAUGAAGUUUAUAAUUUCAGAG